UUGAAUCUAUGACUCUUCUAUUAUAAACACCCUGCAAAAAUGGCCUGUUAUUUUAAUGACAUUUUCCUUGUAAUGCUGCUCUGCAUUAUUCUUCCCAGUUUUUUAACAGAUGAAGCCAGACAUUUAAACUCCACAUGCGUCAGAGAACUGCUUAUCUCCUCAUAUCAAGAAAGCCUUCAAAUUGUACAAGAAGCCUCACUUCUCUCCAGACAACGACGAAGCACACCCUCGUCUUCCAUGCAUGUGUUUACAUUCCUUCGGCAAACCGAGCCUGAGACCCUGGAGACUUCUCGAGCUGCAGAGGUUUUUCAAACAACUCUGCAGGUCCUAAAGAACAGAGCAAGACAGAGACAUAAAAGAGAUGUCACGGCACCAGAAUUGCUUUCAUGGGAGGACGUGGAGCUGAUUGCAGAGCUGUCUCAAUGUCUUCCCGCAACACAUCCAGCAAUCUGUCAGCAAAAUCAUCUUGACAAGUAUCGCUCCAUAACUGGCCUCUGCAAUAACAGGCAAAAUCCUCUCUGGGGAGCAGCCAAUACUCCUUUGGUCAGAUGGCUUCCAGCUGAAUACGAAGACGGAGAGAGAGAACCCAAGGGUUGGAACCGUGGACGGCUCCAUAAUGGAUUCCAACUUCCCUCGCCACUGGAAGUCAGCAAGAAAAUACUGAGGAGCUCUUCAAAAGAGGAAGAUGAUGCCUAUUCUCACCUGCUGGUGGAGUGGGGCCAGUACAUUGACCAUGACAUAACUUUUACCCCCCAAAGCUCCGGCACUGCUGCUUUUUGGACUGGCGUGGACUGUUUGACUACAUGUGAAAAUAUCCAUCCAUGCUUUCCCAUUGAGACGGGUGAUAUUACCUCUGAUGCACAAGGCUGCAUGCCUUUUCACCGCUCCGUACCAGCAUGCUACGUCAGUUGUGGGUCUGACAUUGGACAAGCUCUGCAACGACAACAGAUGAAUGCAAUCACAUCAUUCAUGGAUGCUUCGCUUGUGUAUGGCCACACCCCAAAACUGGAGUUCUUCCUCCGUGACCUCUCUGGCCUUAAUGGGAAACUUGCAGUCAAUGACCAAUUCAAGGAUCCCAAAGGAAGACCAUACCUUCCUUUUGUAGCCACUCUGCCAUCAGCUUGCCUCCAGGAUCCACAAGGGGAAAGAGUGGAGUGUUUCAGUGCUGGAGACAGUCGCGUCAAUGAGGGUCUGCCCCUGACCUGUUUGCAUACACUCUGGCUUAGGGAACACAAUCGGAUUGCAGAGGCACUGAAUUGCAUUAAUGGUCACUGGAGCCCAGAGACAAUAUACCAAGAAACUCGCAAAAUUAUUGGAGCUCUGCACCAGAUCAUAACCAUGAGAGAUUAUGUUCCAAAAAUUAUUGGCUCUGAGUCUUUUGAACGUUACAUUGGAUCCUAUGGGGGAUAUGAUCCAACUACAGACCCGUCAGCCUCCAAUGUGUUUGCCACUGCUGCAUUCAGGUUCGGCCAUGCUACCAUCUCUCCGAUCCUCAGGAGACUGAACGAGAGCUUCCAGGAACAUGAGCACUUCCCCCACUUGAGACUGCACAACACUUUCUUCAGUCCAUGGAGAAUAGUCAAAGAAGGUGGGAUUGAACCAAUCCUGAGAGGUAUGAUUGGAACUGCAGCAACAGCUGUACGUGCAGACAUGAUGUUGACAGAGGAGCUUACAGAAAGGCUGGUUGUCCUAAAUGUGCCACAGCACUUGGACCUGGCUGCACUGAACCUGCAGAGAGGACGAGAUCAUGCACUCCCAGGAUACAAUGAUUGGAGGACAUUCUGUGGACUGAAAAGCAUUAAGACACUGGAGGAUUUCAAAGAGGUUGUCAGAGACGGCAGGGUCGCUGAGAAGAUAUUAGAAAUAUACAAACAUCCUGACAAUAUUGAUAUAUGGCUUGGAGGGCUUGUCGAAAACUUGUUGCCGGGCUCAAGAACCGGUCCCCUCUUUGCGUGCCUGAUCGGAAAGCAGAUGAAAACGCUCCGUGAUGGUGAUAGGUUCUGGUGGGAGGCUGAAGGUAUCUUCACCAUGCAACAGAAGGCUGAGCUUUUAAAAGGUUCUCUGUCUCGGAUCAUCUGUGACAACAGCGACGUGAGAGAAGUCUCUCCUGAUUCUUUCAGGUUUAGGAAAUACCCAUCUGGUUACAUCUCUUGUGAUCACAUACCAUCGAUGAAUCUGGAAUCUUGGAGAGAGGAGAAGAGCCAAGACUUAGAACAGUGUGGCACUCCAAGAAAGAUAAAGAAUGGGGAUUUUAUUUUGUCCUCUACAUCUGGUAAACUGGUUGCUCAGUACUCCUGUUACCAUGGUUUCAAGUUAAAGGGUGCCGCUGCAAUAGUUUGUGAAGGAAAUCAAUGGAGUGAUCAACCCCCACAAUGUACAGGGAAUCAUCACUAAGCUGUUGGCAAUGCAGCAAAUCCAGAAAUGCUUCAUAGGCAACUCCGUUAGGUAACCUGGUAAAGUGUGUAUCAUGUAACCAGGCAGAGUCUUUACCACAGCAGCCCCUGUUUUGCUGCAUGUCCAACCUCUUCCUCUUCUGCCUUGCCUGUCUCUCUCCAGCUGUCAUUAUCUAAAUUAAGCAGAAAUGCCAAAAAAUAAACUUAAUAUAAAGAAAUACAUCAUAGUUUGUUCUGUUUUUGUAUUUCUCAUGAUUUUGUUGAUUGUUGUGUGUUUGAAACAUGGAAUUACUUUUUAAAUUAAACAUUGUUUUCAAAAAUA